UGUUAUCGGCACUUCCAAAACAUGGAUGCCAAAGUAAACCUCUUCCUGAAACUAUAUCCUUGACUUAAUUAAUGAAAAUGAAAAUGAUAGUUAUCACCGUAUUCUCUUCUUUUCGAAACUGGGUAUACAUAAGUUUGAUUAGAGAAUGUUUACACUCUGGCAUUAGAACUUAAGGAACAUAAAGUGCCACCACUCGUCCGCUCCGUCAGUCCAUUGAUUGUUGUUUUGUUGGAACUAAUCAUUGCCUCAGGCUAGGACUGGUAAUCAUUUUAGAACCACAUAAUUGUGUGUGUUGUCAGUCUGAACAUUACUGACCACACUUUCCAUGUUUAAAACUUAAAGUGUUUUUACUAAAACUGUUUUGGGUGACUACUUGAGACAGACUACUUGAUUUAAUCAGAAUCACCUACUGUCACUGUUUCCCUCGCACAAUUAGAAAUGAGUUCUCAGUCGGCAGGACGACGGCGUAACAACAUGCGGCAAUAUUCAGCUGAAGAUCAAGCAUUAAAUGUGAUUUCCAAAGAAGCUGAAGCGCGUUUAGCUGCCAAACGAGCCGCUAGAGCAGAAGCAAGAGAGAUUAGAAUGAAAGAAAUUGAAAAACAAGAAAAAGAAUCUGAGGGCAAACAAGACAGACUACAUGAAAUAGCAAAUGAACAUUCUUCAUCAAAGUCCAGACAGUUGUCAGGGUCAAGAUCAGGUUCACGCAGAGGAAGUAUAGAAUCUAAUGAUUCUGAUACAAAAGAUGUUGAUUUAAAGAAAAGAACUCUAAAAAUGGCUGAGUUGAGAGAGCUAGAAGAUAAAUAUAAAGCGGCCAUGAUGACGAGUGCCCAGCUUGACAAUGAGAAACAGUCUCUUGUUUAUCAAGUAGAACUUCUUAAAGAUCAACUUGAAGAACAAGAUGAAGGUUAUACAGAGCUUCAGAGAGAGCAUAAAGAGAAGUGUCGGGAAUACGAGUUUAUGAAACGUGAUUUAAAGAGUAUGGAGCAUGAAUUGAAUAUUUUAAAACAACAAUUAGAGAUUAAAGACAAACUAAUAAUGGAAAGUGGAUUUGUGAUUUUAGCCAAUGAUAAAGGCGAGCCAGUUUUAGAGAAACAGUCUACGAAUAAUGGGCCACUUCCUUCUGGAGCUGUGUUGGUGUCUACUGAAACACGAGACUUUUUGGAGAAAGCUGAAGGUGUCACUCUAGGUACUACAGUCAAUGAUUGUAAUAGUAGAACCAUGCCAGGUGUAUUGGUCUCUGCUAGCUCUGUUGACGCACCAGAUUCACACUUGAAGGAAUGUGUAAUGGGGGAGGUAGGGGUAAAAAUAGUUGAAUCUAGCAGCGACAGGGCUAGUAGUGAGGCUGUGCAUGUCAGUAGUUGUGUGUCUACUAAACAAAAAACAACUAAAGAUCAAAUUGAAUAUAAGAAUAGUGAAAAAGACAGCACUGAUGGUAAUACUUCAUUAGAUGCCCUUGAGGGAAGCACCUUACUUGGUACAAAAAAACAAAGUAUUGAUCUGUGCACAUUGGAAAUUCCCACUGGCUUGAACUCUGCUCAAGAUCAUAGUGAUGAGGAUUCUGAUGAAGUUGAUGAGUUUUAUGAUGCCAUAAGUACACCAUCUCCAUUCAGAAAAAAUGCUGAACUCCAAGCCCUAUGUGGCAGCUCUGUAGAUCCUGACAAUACACAACAUCUGGCUAGUGACCUUAGCUCUGAGAAUGAUGGUAGCUGUGUGGAUAUGGUUUUGAAGACAGACUUGCCAGUUCAUGAAGAAAUCAAGGUGUAUGAAUCUCAAAAGCUUGAGCAAAUUUGUGAAUUAAAUGUUGAGACAACAAUGGUGAAUGUUGAAAUAAACUCUCUUGAAAUGAUUAUUUGUGAACCUCAAGAAAAAAUGGUGCUGAGUGUAGAUAGUGGUGUGAUUACUGAGGCCAUAAUACCUUGUGACAAAGAUGAAGUAGGAACUCAAGAAAACAAUAUCAAUGAAGACACUGUCUCAUGUGAUAAAAUGUCCUGCAAAGAUGAAGUCUUUCAAAGUACAGAGGAUAAAAAUGGAGAUGUAAAUGAAUCUGUUAAUAAUAAUAAUAAUAAUACUGAGGAAUUAGUUAAGAACAGUGAUGAGAGUCUUCCUGCCUUACAUGAAGUUAUCCACAGCGAUGAUGCUCUUCUCACGGAUGAUAAUUGUAAUGUUAAAAAAGCUAAUGAGAUUACUACAAAUGCUGCGGUAGUUGGUGUUUUAGGAAAUGAGAAGGAAAAUAUUACAAAUGUAGAAUCAGUUUCAGAAGCUAACAAUACUGUUGCAAAGGAUACAAGUGAUGUUAGCAAAUCUCAUCAGAUUAAUUUAGAUACAGAAGAUGAUGUUACAGAACCGAUUGUAGCAGGAAAUAUAUCAGAAAACAUAGACAAUGUUUCUAAAGAUGAGAUUGUUGUAGAUAAAAGUGAUGGCAACAAAGAUAACACUGAAUCUUGUGAUAAACAAGAGAAUGUUAAGAAGCAUGAGAAUAAUAAAGAUGUUGAAAAAGAUCAGCCUAUUUUAAAUAACAGACCUGAUAGUUUAAAUAAUGAAACUGUCACAGAAGAUGUAAAAGAAGACACUGUUAUAAAUAGUGACACAAAUUUUAAAAAAGAUGAUGAUAUUUUGGUUGAAAAAGAUGUUAAAAUAAAGGAGCCUGAAUCAAAGAAUAUUGAAGAUGUUAAAGAAAAAAUUGUUUCAGAUAAAGAAGUUAAAAAACAGGAGAUUCAAUCUGAUGAUGGAGAAGUCAAUAUGAUAAAAGAUGAUGUCAUAGCUAUAAAAAAAGAAACCAUAGCAGAAAAUAAUGAAGAGAUUGACUCAGAUAAGAAAGGAGAAAAUGAAGUAGCAAAUAAAGAGGAUACUCUAGCAGUUAAUAAAGAAACUGUCUUAGAGAAUAAAGAAGAGAUUGUAGAAGAUAACAAAGAAAAGACUGAAGCAGUUAUUAGAGAAGAGACUAAAGCAGUUAGUAAAGAUGCGACUGAAGCAGGUAUUAAAGAACAGACUGAAUUUAUUGGUAAAGAAGAGACUGAAGCAGUUAGUAAAGAAGAGACUGAAGCAGUUGUUAGAGAAGAGACUGAAGCAGGUAUUAAAGAAGAGACUGAAGCAGGUAUUAAAGAAGAGACUGAAGCAGGUAUUAAAGAAGAGACUGAAGCAAUUGUUGGAGAAGAGACUGAAGCAGGUAUUAAAGAAGAGACUGAAGCAGUUGCUAGAGAAGAGACUGAAGCAGGUAUUAAAGAAGAGACUGAAGCAAUUGUUGGAGAAGAGACUGAAGCAGGUAUUAAAGAAGAGACUGAAGCAGUUGUUAGAGAAGAAACUGAAGCAGGUAUUAAAGAAGAGACUGAAGCAGGUAUUAAAGAAGAGACUGAAGCAGGUAUUAAAGAAGAGACUGAAGCAAUUGUUGGAGAAGAGACUAAAGCAGUUAGUAAAGAAGAGACUGAAGCAGUUAAAAAAGAAAAGACUGAAGCAUUUAUUAAACAAGAGACUGAAUCAACUAAUAAAGAAGAGACUGAAUCGUUUAAUAAUGAGUCUUUUUCUGAUAAUAAAAAUGAUUCGGAAGAAGUUAAUAAGGAAGACACUGAAGCAGUAAUUAAAGAAGAUACUGAGGCAGUAAGUAAAGAAGAGACUGAAGCUACUAAUAAAGAAGAGACUGAAUCAGUUAAUAAUGAGUCUUUCUCAGAUGAUAAAAAUGAUUCUGAAGCAGUUAGUAAAGAAGAAACUGAUAUUGUUGUUAAUGAAGAGUUUCCUAAUUCACAAUCUCUUUCUGGUUCUGAGACAAGUUCUGUUGAAACUACUUUACAUACAUCUAAUGCUGCUAGAGCUGAAAAUGUGUUGCGGUCAUUAAGUAGAGAAGGUUCAGAGGCCUCUGAGGGUGCAGGCUUAGAUGACUAUGAUUUGGAUGACAUUGACGAUGUGUUGAAGUCUUCAAUAGAAAAUCCUGAAGAGAAAACACUGGAAAGUGAAGAAACUGUUUCUAAAAGGAAAGAAAUGGUAGCUGUAGUAGCUAAAGAAACCAGCACUCCACAAAAAUCUCCUCUUGUGACACCAACUGGCUCUGGACAUAAAAAAGACAAAAGCCUUAAGAGUAGGCUAUCAGUGCGUAAAGGGAAAAAAGAAAAGCAUGAUGAAUCUGUAAGUAAAGGUGAAAAGUCAGAGUCUCACACGUCUUUGGAAACUGAAGAUCUAGAGAGUACAUUGGACAAACAUAUGGAAGAGCCUGGUCUAUCUAAGGCUCAUAAAAAAUCAAAAAAAUUUAACCUUUUCAAAAAAGUAUUCAAGUAAUUUUUUUAAAGUAUUUAUUUACUUUUGAUAGCUUUUUUUAAGGCAGGCAGAAUUGUUGUCUUUUUCUUUAUCAAAAAAAUGAUGAAAUUCGUUUUGUAUUUUCUUUGAACCAUUCUUGUCAAACACAUUUUAUAUGCCAUUUAAACUUGUUAGUAAAUGUGUAAAUAUUCUGAAGGUUAUUGCUUCCAUUUGACAUUGACUACCUAUCAGAACACGAAGCUUAGUGUUGAUGAUAAUGCUAGUUAACUGUUUUAUGUUUGUAAAUAAUUAUUCACUGCAGUUUUUCUACGAUAUUAUUGAAAGUAUUUAAAAAAUUUUUUUGUUAAGAAAUGGCCUGUGAUGAAUCCUUUGCUCUUUAUCAGUAAAAUGUCUUUCAUAUAUUGCAUACAUAAUCUUACUCCUAAAGAAAGAGUUACUUAAGUCUCCAGAGGAAGACUCAAGUCAUUUAGUUCUGGAGCUCUACUGGGAGCUCUAAAAAUAGGAUUUAGGGGGAAAAUGAAUUUUUUUGUGGUAGUUAUUAAGUGCAAUUUCAGGCUAAAAUUAUAAAGCUUCUUUUGCUCAUUCCUUACAAUUUACAGUUUGUAUUCUUUGACUAUGUCAAUAUAUUGUUAAAUGUAACUUUAUUGGUAAAAUGAUUGUGAAAAUCUGGAGGGUUUCACAGUAGUCUAGUGUUGAGAUGGCACAUUUCAAAAAGGUUGUUAAAUGAGUUGUUGGCUUUUUUUUUUUUUUUUUUUAAUGAAAAAGAAAAAUUAGUAUUGUUUAAGUACCAAAAAAAAUGUUCUAACAUUCUCAAAACAAAACACUACAAUAACAUAGGUUUCAACAGAGUUGUACAAGUUUUGAUAAAAUGCUUUCCGAAUUAUACCCUUUGUUGACCACACUCCUAUUGAGUUCUUGCCUUACUAUUAUUCUAGCUCAUAUCCAUGUGCAUUUGGAUUUUUUUCUCCUUCCUUUAAGUUGCCCUUUCCUUUGUUUUAGUUGCUUUUUAUUAUUAUUAUUAUUAUAUUUUUUGUGAUCGGUAUUUUUUAAAGUAAAAUAUGAAAUGGUAAAUAAUCAAUUGUAAAUGGUAUUCAUGUAUUGAAUGUCUUAGUUGCUUGGUUAAGUACAGAGCCUUUUAUGUAGCAUAUUUUUGUGUUUAUUUUUUUAAGUUUGGUUAUGGAAAUUAUAUACACUAUAGAUGCUCUUCAUUCCAUUAGGGUCUAGUAAAAUGCAUUUUAAUGAUUGUUUGUAUGUGUAGAGCUUAUAAAUAUUUGAUGAUAUUUGGUUGAUAGUAGUGACCUAUAUCAAAUUUUCCCAACCAUUUGUUUACUUUUGGUAGUUUUACAAGUCAGAGUCAAAUUGUUUUUGCUAACUAAGAUUUAGAAGAUAAUAGACAUUUCUUUAAAAGAAACAUUUUAGUAUAGUCAUUCAAAGAGUGUUUAUCUUUUGUUUUUCUCUGCAUGAAUGUGAUGGAUAUGGAAACAUGCUUUUUUAAAAGUAUUUUCUUUUAUUAAACUAGUUUUUAAACUGGAUAUUUUUUUUCUUUACAAAAUAUUAUAUUGUAUAUAAAUACUAUUCUAGAACUAGAAUGAUCAAAGUUAAUGGUUAAAGUGUUCAAAAAGGCUGAACUAGAUGCAUUUGUUGAAAAAACACAUUCCUUAAACAUGUGGAUUGAUUUUAAAAAAAAACAUUGCAUGAUUGCUGUUUAAAAUUCAUUUGAAUAAUUUUGUUUUUUUUUAUCUAGCUGCAUGGUUUUGUUCAAUUAUACAGGGUGAUACAAUCAGGUUGCUGCUUAGAUCCUUAGCUGUAUAACAUUCUCCUUAAUUGUUUUGGUGUCAUUGUUGAAUGCCUGUACUGGUAAUUGAUGAGCCUAAACCAAGUCAGACUAAUCCAGUGCAGUGACUGUAAAACAAAACUCUUCUAGUUCAGAAUGCUGUUAUUGAAGUGAUUGAAUAAAAUAUACCUUCAUUAUUUUUAUACUUAACAUGUAUGAAGCUUUCAGAAACAUAAUUAAAUAUAUAGCAAAAGCUAUUUAAAAUUUAUACUGGAUAUUUCUUUUCCCAAUAAAGUAUACAGUGGACUAUGAA